GUCAGAUUGUCAAAAAAUUGGCUUUUUAACAAACAAUUUAAAAUUUUCAGUAUUUUUAUGGCGUUUAGACCAUAAGUGCAAGAAUCGAGUCUAUUAAUUCAACAUGUUGAUGUGCCUUUCUAGUGUUUAUGAAGUGUGGCAACAAAAUGUUGCAGUAUGUCGCUUCUUGAUCCUAAUGGUUCUGUGUCAAGUUGCAUGUUGUGCAAAAAUUCCAGGACUCUAUGAUGAACCACGUUUACCGGCAACCAUAACGCCCUUUCACUAUGAUAUUCGAUUGAUAACCCAUUUGGAAAACCCAGCUAACCACAAGUACAAUGGUUUCGUGAACAUUUCCCUCCAUGCACAAAAGACCACCAACCAAGUGGUACUCCAUGUGGCCGGUGUUUCCAUAGAGACCAAGAAAAUCAGGUUAUAUGGAGAGACAUCCGACCUUAAGCUGACAACCGUUAAGUUCAAUAAAAAACGGGACUAUAUGGUGGUAACAUUCGACCAGCCUUUGUGGUUGGGCAAAUCCUAUGUCCUAAGUAUUGAGUUCGGUAGGUCGAUGACAAAGAAAUUGGAGGAUGGUUACUUUUUACGUUACUAUGUGAAUGCAAAGUCCUCGGAGAAAAUCUGGUAUUCUAUCUCCCACUUUAAUCGAAAUUUGAUUAGGAACACCCUGCCCAGUUUCGAUGAGCCUGGCCUGAGGGCCACCUUCAAUGUGACCAUGGGUCAUCACAAGCGAUUCCAGAGCUACAGUAACAUGAACGUCCGAGCAGUGUUACCAAACUAUGAUAUUCAGGACUAUGUGUGGUCUGUGCACGAGGUGACUCCUUUGAUGUCCACCCAUUUGCUGGCCUUCUCCGUGAACAACUUCACCUGUCGUUUCACCCAGGCGGCCAGUGCGAAUCCUGUUCGCUUUCGCACCUGUUCCCAGUCGUCUAAUGUGCGUGAGACAGGCUUUGUUGCAGAAAAGGCUCCUCAGCUGCUUGAGUUCUUGGAUAACCUGCUGAGAGUGAGCCUGCCGCUGGAAAAGAUCGACCAAUUGGUGGUAGACGACUUCCCCACCGAGGAUCAUUCCACUAAGGAUCUCGGCCUGGUCGUCUACCACAGCAAACAGAUCCUGCAGCGUGAAGAUGGCCCAAUGACGAGGUCGAAAUCGCUGGCCCUCCAGCGGAUCGCCCACGGUAUGGCCCACAUGUGGUUCGGCAAUCUGCUGGGAAUCGACUGGUGGUCUGAUCUCUGGUUAACGGAGGGACUAACGGGCUACUUUGAGACGCUGGCCAUGGAUCAUUUGGAGCCGGGAAUGGCUCGUCGUCUGCAGUUGCGCAACCGCGAAACAUCUUUCAUGUACGAAUCAGAGGUUGGUGGUGUGUCCUUGGUGUCCUUUUGGCCCCUGGCCAGUCCAGAGGUAGAAAAGCACCUGUACCAAAAGGCCACAGCUCUAAUUGGCAUGGUGAAUGGCUUCUUGGGCAACGCCACCUUCUACGAUGGAUUACAGCGACACUUGUGGCAGAACUCCUUCGCCAGCAGUACACCCGAUCUCUUCUGGAGGUCCUUGCAAUUGGCCAGUGAAAGGGAGUCUGUGCUGAGCAAGAACUGGGAUGUGAGAAGUGUUAUGGACACCUGGACCCGAAAGAGCGGUUAUCCAUUGGUCACGGUCAUCCGGAAUGGCAACAAUGUGGUCCUAAUGCAAGGACACGCCCUCAACAGGAGCAGAACGGAUCUGUGGUGGAUUCCACUGACCUACACUAUUGAUGGCGAGGCCUUUCCCGAGGAUCUCAAGCCGAGGGCCUGGCUCACUCCGCACCAAAAUCGCCAGCAACUGGAUGAGAUAGUGCCCCUAAACCAGUGGAUACUUCUUAAUCUGCGGGCCGUUGGCUACUACAGGGUGAACUACGACGAGCACACGUGGCAGCUAUUGGCAGCCACGCUCAUCGAUGACUUUCGCAGCAUCCAUGUCCUGAAUCGAGCCCAAAUCGUUAGCGACAUCAUCUUCCUGUGGAAGCAGGAGCUGGUCAGCUGGUCCACCGCCUUCAAUGUGCUAAGGUACAUCAUCGAUGAGGACGAGUACGAGCCCCUGAUGGCGUUAGUUGUGGGCGUGACAAAUGGUUUAUGGGGCAUCUCCCCGGAGAGUGCCCUUUCCAUUGCGAAAUGGCUGGGUGUUGCUGGCAGGUGGUAUGCGGAGUUCAUCAGUUACACGUUCGACAAAUUCGUGGUUAAGAGUCCCAAUCUGAAUAGCCUCGACUACCCGGACUAGCGGCCCACAAUGAGGAGCCAUCCGAGAACCACAAACUAAUGGGCCAGCACCAGAUCCACACCCAGUGGCCAAGUGCCCAUCCAAGCCGCUUCUUCGGUGGAUGGAAGAUGGCGAAAUGAAACCGCCAUCAAUGAACCGCAAUUGUAUUUGUUUGCAAAUAACUGAGCGUUAUCUGAGACUAUUUAUCUUUAUCUGCAACAACAGCAGAAGCACCACAUCACAAUGGCAAAAGACCCAAGAAGGAGCAGGAUCCAGCCACUGGGAACUGAGAGGGCUGGGGGAUCCACUUACAGCCAAGGCGCCAACUGAAAUAAUGAUGCAGGCGAAAUAACAAUAAAGGCGGGGCCGCCAGGAAGAGGACUGUUCCAGAAGAAAGGACACUAUCGAUGCUCCUUGCCGCAGCGGUAAAGACAAUGCCAGACCCCUAAUACUGCAGCCAUUUCCAUGGCAAUGCAAUGGACUUCCCCCAGCCAGCCAAAUCACUUUAGCCAGCCGAGGGUUAAAGUCUUUAAGGUCAGCGAAAAAGUUUUAGGGAAGCAACCUAAUCGAAGAAAAAUGAAACAAGGUAACGUGAUUUAAGAAAAACAACGUCCAAAAACAUUGU